AUGAACCUGGCUCCUCCAGAGUCUCCAGAGUGGAAUGGCGAGAUCAAGAUGUUCAACGACAACGGCACCGUGUUCGCAUACAUGUGGAACGCCGGCGCCCGCAUCUGGGACAAAGUCGGGGAAGUGAUGGGCAGCCAGCAGCCCAAGAAGUACUACGACGGAGACCCGGUCUUUCCGGCGGGGGAGUACGACUUCAUCUUCGACGUGGACUUAGGGGCGUCCUUCGGCACGAAGCAGCUGCCCUUCAACAAGGGGCAGAACCCGCUGGUGGCCGCGGAGUCCUUCUGCUCGCGCGAGCAGAUCCACAAGGGCAAUGCCGAGCAGAUCAGGCAGUUCAUCAUCCAAAACGCAGGGGAGGAUGCUGGAUCAGGCGGAGGUGCCCCGGCCGCCGCGAGCCCCGCCCCGCAGCCCGCGCCGUACCCCAAAGAGGCUGAGGCCAAGCUCUUUCCGGUGAUGCAGCCUGCGGUGUUCAAGGAUGGCAAGUUCGAAGCCAUCCAGGGAAAGAUCACAGAGUUCAACGGCCAG